GCCGCCAUGGCCCAGUACAAGGGGGCAGCUAGCGAGGCGGGCCGUGCCAUGCACCUCAUGAAAAAGAGGGAGAAGCAGCGCGAACAGAUGGAGCAGAUGAAGCAGCGCAUCACAGAGGAGAAUAUCAUGAAGGCCAAUAUCGACAAGAAGUUCUCAGCGCACUACGAUGCUGUGGAGGCCGAGCUCAAGUCCAGCACUGUGGGCCUCGUCACCCUCAAUGACAUGAAGGCCAAGCAGGAAGCGUUGGUAAAGGAGCGGGAGAAGCAGCUGGCCAAGAAGGAGCAGUCAAAGGAGCUGCAGCUGAAACUGGAAAAGCUUCGAGAGAAGGAGCGGAAGAAGGAGGCCAAAAGGAAGAUCUCCAGCCUCUCCUUUACCCUGGAGGAUGAGGAGGAAGCUGGAGAGGAGGAUGAGGACGGGGUGGCCCUGUACGAUGAGGAACUAGAAAGAGAGGGGCCUACCAAGAAAAGGAAGCUGGGGAAGAAUCCAGAUGUGGAUACAAGCUUCUUGCCUGACCGAGACCGUGAGGAGGAGGAGAACCGGCUCCGGGAGGAGCUGCGGCAGGAGUGGGAAGCCAAGCAGGAGAAGAUCAAGAGUGAGGAGAUUGAAAUCACCUUCAGUUACUGGGAUGGCUCCGGCCAUCGGCGCACGGUUAAGAUGAAGAAGGGGAACACGGUGCAGCAGUUCCUGCAGAAAGCGCUGGAAAUCCUGCGCAAGGACUUCAGUGAGCUCAGGUCUGCGGGGGUGGAGCAGCUCAUGUACAUCAAGGAAGAUCUCAUCAUCCCUCACCACCACACCUUCUAUGACUUCAUUGUCACCAAGGCACGGGGGAAGAGCGGGCCGCUCUUUAAUUUCGACGUUCAUGACGAUGUUCGACUGCUCAGUGAUGCCACGGUGGAGAAGGAUGAGUCGCACGCAGGCAAGGUGGUGCUGAGGAGCUGGUAUGAGAAAAACAAGCACAUCUUCCCCGCCAGCCGCUGGGAGCCCUACGAUCCUGAGAAGAAGUGGGACAAGUACACCAUCCGGUGAGUAAGGAG